AUGGAGGGGCUCUUGCAUUACAUAAAUCCAGCCCAUGCCAUUUCACUUCUAAGCGCACUGAAUGAGGAGCGUCUAAAGGGACAGCUGUGUGAUGUUGUUCUUAUAGUAGGAGAUCAGAAAUUUCGAGCUCAUAAGAACGUUCUGGCUGCCAGCAGUGAAUACUUCCAGACUCUGUUCACGAAUAAGGAGAAUGAGUCUCAGUCAGUGUUUCAACUCGACUUUUGUGAGCCAGAUGCUUUUGAUAAUGUGUUAAACUACAUUUAUUCUUCAUCCUUAUUCAUUGAGAAAGGCAGUCUUGCAGCUGUGCAAGAACUGGGCUACAGUCUUGGAAUAUCCUUUCUUACAAACAUUGUUUCUAAGAGUCCUCAAGCUCCUUUUCCAGCUUGCCCUGUUAAGAAAAUACUGUAUCAAGAUGAAGAUGAAAGUAGUUCUCAGAAGAGAAGUGUCAUUGUCUGUCAGAACCGAAUUGAAGCACAAGUGAAAAGUAUAAAUCAAACACAACAUGAUUUAAGCCAUACGUCUAAACCUUCACUCUCUGUUGCUGUCAAAACUAGCAGUAGACCACAAGUAACAAAACCAACUGAAACCCUUCACAACUUGUCACUGACUGAGAGAAGAUGGCUGAAAGAAAGCCCUAUGAGCUACACUAAGGUUCAUGAAACUUCUGGAACUGUGGAGGAUCAGAGCAGAGGUGGUUUAGUGAAAAGGAACACAGUACUGCCUCAAAUGCCUUCAGCAGAGAAAGAAACUGCAAGCGAUGAACCAGGAAGCAGUGGUCAGCUUUUAAGAGGAAAGGCUGCAGAGGUGUCGUUAAAAAGACCGCGUCCACCAGUCUUGUCUCUGCGUGGUGCAUCAGAAUCCACAUUUUUGUUGCGAGAGACAGGAAAAGGAAAUGGUCAAGGUGAAGACAGGAAUUUGCUGUACUACUCAAAGUUAGGGCUGGUAAUCCCAUCUAGUGGAUCUGGUCCAGACAACCAAAGUAUUGACAGAAGUGGGCCACUUGUAAAAAGCCUCCUUCGAAGGUCGCUGUCCAUGGACAGCCAGGUUCCUAUUUACUCUCCUUCUGUUGACCUAAAACCUUCACAGGUAUCGUCGUCCUCCUCACCGGGAACUAACGAUUCCCAGAAGACAUUUAAUAUUGUAUCUCAAAAGUCGUCCUUGAAAGAGUCAUCAGAGAAGUUAGUCUUAGAUGAAAAACCACAGGUAAUACACCCACAUCGCCUUAGGUCUUUCAGUGCCUCUCAGUCGACUGAUAGGGAGGUUGCUUCCCCUCUCACAGAGGUGUGAAAAAAAACAACAAAUAAAGACUUUACUUUUAAAACUGAGGAUGACCAUAAGGAACCAAGUAGACUUCCAGCAAAAAGGAGAUUUCAAGCUGAUAGAAGACUACCGUUUAAGAAACUGAAGGCGGAUGAGCAGGGUUCUCCUGGGUCAGAAGAUAACUUUGAGGAAGGAUCAAGCCCUACACACCUUGAUGCCGAUUUUCCUGAUUCUGAUGUCAGUAAAGAUGAAUACAGCGACACGGAAGAAGCAAGACCAAAUAAAAAAUUCAAAUGCAAGCACUGCCUUAAAAUUUUCAGAUCAACAGCAGGUCUUCAUCGACAUGUUAACAUGUAUCAUAAUCCAGAGAAGCCCUAUGCUUGUGACAUAUGCCACAAGAGAUUUCACACAAAUUUCAAAGUGUGGACGCACUGCCAGACACAGCAUGGAAUUGUGAAGAAUCCUUCACCAGCUUCCAGUUCGCAUGCUGUUUUGGAUGAAAAAUUCCAAAGAAAACUGAUCGAUAUAGUGAGAGAGAGAGAGAUUAAAAAAGCUCUAAUUGUUAAACUAAGACGUGGCAAGCAGGGUUUUCAGGGACAGUCUGCUUCACAAGCACAACAAGUCAUCAAAAGGAAUUUAAGGUCGAGAAGCAAAGGAGCCUAUAUUUGUACCUACUGUGGGAAAGCUUAUCGUUUCCUCUCGCAAUUUAAACAGCACAUAAAAAUGCACCCAGGGGAGAAACCAAUUGGAGGAAAUAAGGCUCCUAAGCAGAAAGAUAAUAUUCAUACUGAAAGUCCAGCAGAAAACAAAGAGGUUUAUCAGUGCCAUCUCUGCAAUGCCAAGCUCUCUUCACUUAUUGAACAGGGAAAUCACGAGCAACUCUGUAGAAAUGCUACUGUCUGUACCUACUGCAGCCUUAGAUUUUCUUCUCCAGAGCUGAAGAACGAGCACGAAAACAAGUGUGAAUACAAGAAACUUACUUGUCUUGAGUGUAUGCGUACCUUUAAAUCGUCCUUUAGUAUUUGGCGGCAUCAAGUUGAAGUUCACAAUCAAAACACAAUGGCUCCAUCAGAGAACUUUUCUUUACCUAUCCUGGAUCACAAUGGAGAAAUAACUAGUUCGUCAAGAUUGCCGCCUCAGUCAGAAUCCAAUAAAAUGAACAAUUUUGUUGCUGCAAAGGAAGACGGUGUAUUCAGUGAUUCAUCAGAACAAAUAAACUUUGAUUCUGAAGAUUCCUCAUGCCUGCCUGAAGACUUAAGUGUUUCCAAGCAGUUUAAAAUUCAGAUCAAGGAGGAGCCUGCAGAUGAUAUAGAGGAUGAGGUCACUGAAAUGAGCAGAAAACCGAAGAAAGUGGUCUGCAACAGAGAUGCUGGUUUGUGGCCCUGUGAAAAGUGUGGGAAGAUUUUCACCCUACGCAAGCAGCUGGAGCGUCACCAAGAGCUCUUAUGCUCUGUGAAGCCAUUUAUUUGUCACGUGUGUCACAAGGCCUUCCGAACCAAUUUCCGUCUGUGGAGUCACUUCCAGUCUCAUAUGUCACAGGCUGCAGAGGAGUCCACAAACAAGGAGCCGGAGAUAUGUCCACCAGCUAAUUCCCCAUCACCACCACCCUUACCUCCACCCCCACCCCUCCCCAAAAUCCAGCCUUUGGAGCCUGAUAGUCCGACAGGCUUGUCUGAAAGCUCCACUACUACUGAGAAAUUAUUUGUACCACAGGAGUCCGAUACGCUCUUCUAUCAUGCUCCACCGCUCUCGGCAAUCACAUUCAAAAGACAAUACAUGUGUAAACUCUGUCAUAGGACUUUCAAGACAGCGUUUAGCCUUUGGAGCCAUGAACAGACACACAAUUAGCUUUAGCAGAUACCUUAAAAAGCUGGUUCAGUGGAGGCUGUGUUCAGGGUCUCAGAUGUAUGCCAUAUAAACUAGAAGUCUAUGAGGAUCAAAGUAGUGCUGAUGACGAUGAAAAAUUUGGAACUGGUGAUGCUGCUUCGAUUUGAAAAUUAAGGUAAACUAACUUGGUUAGUAGGUAGAAAGAGUAAUUUAAAAUACUGCGGUCUGGGAUCUAAUAGUAAUAGAAUAAUUUUUAUUUCAUUUAACACUGAAAUAUGAUCACAUCUGGAUUGUAUGCAUGGAUCUUCAUCCUGUGAUGUUGGUGUGU